AUGCUACAUACCAAAUCCCCUGUGAAUGAGAUCAGUUCCCUCCUGUCAGAGCCCAUUACAUCCGUCCCACAGCCUCAGAGAGCAGUCCCAGAGAGCAGCCUCAGAGAGCAGCUCCAGAGAGCAGCCUCAGAGAGCAGUCCCAGAGAGCAGCCUCAGAGAGCAGCCUCCAGUCCCAGAGAGCAGCCUCAGAGAGCAGCCUCAGAGAGCAGUCCCAGAGAGCAGCCUCAGAGAGCAGUCCCAGAGAGCAGCCUCAGAGAGCAGUCCCAGAGAGCAGCCUCAGAGAGCAGCCUCAGAGAGCAGUCCCAGAGAGCAGCCUCAGAGAGCAGUCCCAGAGAGCAGCCUCAGAGAGAGAGCAGCUCAGAGAGCAAAGAGCAGCCUCAGAGAGCAGCCUCAGAGAGCAGUCCCAGAGAGCAGCCUCAGAGAGCAGUCCCAGAGAGCAGCCUCAGAGAGCAGCCCCAGAGAGCAGCCCCAGAGAGCAGCCCCAGAGAGCAGCCUCAGAGAGCAGCCUCAGAGAGCAGCCUCAGAGAGCAGUCCCAGAGAGCAGCCUCAGAGAGCAGCUCCAGAGAGCAGCCUCAGAGAGCAGCCUCAGAGAGCAGCUCCAGAGAGCAGCCUCAGAGAGCAGUCCCAGAGAGCAGCCUCAGAGAGCAGCCUCAGAGAGCAGUCCCAGAGAGCAGCCUCAGAGAGCAGCCCCAGAGAGCAGCCUCAGAGAGCAGCUCCAGAGAGCAGCCUCAGAGAGCAGUCCCAGAGAGCAGCCUCAGAGAGCAGCCUCAGAGAGCAGUCCCAGAGAGCAGCCUCAGAGAGCAGCCCCAGAGAGCAGCCCCAGAGAGCAGCCCCAGAGAGCAGCCUCAGAGAGCAGCCUCAGAGAGCAGUCCCAGAGAGCAGCCUCAGAGAGCAGCUCCAGAGAGCAGCCUCAGAGAGCAGUCCCAGAGAGCAGCCUCAGAGAGCAGCCUCAGAGAGCAGUCCCAGAGAGCAGCGUCAGAGAGCAGCCCCAGAGAGCAGCCCCAGAGAGCAGCCCCAGAGAGCAGCCCCAGAGAGCAGCCCCAGAGAGCAGCCUCAGAGAGCCUCAGAGCAGCCUCAGAGAGCAGUCCCAGAGAGCAGCCUCAGAGAGCAGCUCCAGAGAGCAGCCUCAGAGAGCAGCCUCAGAGAGCAGCUCCAGAGAGCAGCCUCAGAGAGCAGUCCCAGAGAGCAGCCUCAGAGAGCAGCCUCAGAGAGCAGUCCCAGAGAGCAGCCUCAGAGAGCAGCCCCAGAGAGCAGCCUCAGAGAGCAGCUCCAGAGAGCAGCCUCAGAGAGCAGUCCCAGAGAGCAGCCUCAGAGAGCAGCCUCAGAGAGCAGUCCCAGAGAGCAGCCUCAGAGAGCAGUCCCAGAGAGCAGCCUCAGAGAGCAGCCCCAGAGAGCAGCCCCAGAGAGCAGCCCCAGAGAGCAGCCUCAGAGAGCAGCCUCAGAGAGCAGCCUCAGAGAGCAGUCCCAGAGAGCAGCCUCAGCUCCAGAGCAGCCUCAGAGAGCAGUCCCAGAGAGCAGCCUCAGAGAGCAGCCUCAGAGAGCAGUCCCAGAGAGCAGCGUCAGAGAGCAGCCCCAGAGAGCAGCCCCAGAGAGCAGCCCCAGAGAGCAGCCUCAGAGAGCAGCCUCAGAGAGCAGCCUCAGAGAGCCUCAGAGAGCAGCCUCAGAGAGCAGCCUCAGAGAGCAGCCCCAGAGAGCAGCCCCAGUGAGUAG